UGUCAACUCUGAUUUUAUUUUAACACUGUGAAUAUAAAAAUUAAAUUAAAAGGAAGGGUCAAUCAGAAAUGUGAAAGAAAUCCAAAACAUUAAAACUAUUAUCAAUCGAACUUAAUACUAGCACAGCACCUUCUGGUUUCAAGUUAGUGCUAUUUGCAGGCCUGCUUACACUUUUUUUGGCUAACGACAGAAUUUCAAUUACUUUUACCACAAUGACAAUGGGUGAUGAACUGCCUGUUACUUCUUUAGUUUUGCCCGUUCUCAUACGCCCUGUUCUAACGCAGUUGGAGAAAUAUGAUUUAGGGGCCUCUCAGACAUUAAGAGCUGCAUUGACAAAAGCAGAGGCAGCCGUGCCAGGCUUAAACUAUGAUCUCGUGGCAGGCAUUAUGCGAAGAGCAGAUAUUCCUGUUAAUAUGAAUGAGAGCUUGCUCCGGCUUCAAGGAACACUGACAGAGGCAGAAUGUGCCGACCUUCGUCUCAAUAGAACUGAAGAAGCAUUCCAAGAAUUAAAUAAGAAAUCCACUGCGCUGAAGAAGAUUUUGAGUCGUAUCCCUGAUGAAAUUACUGACAGAAAAACAUUUCUGGAAACAAUUAAGGAGAUUGCGUCCGCAAUAAAAAAGCUUCUGGAUGCUGUAAAUGAAGUAUCUACAUACACUCCAGGACCUGGCAAGCAGGUGUUAGAACAGAGGAAAAGAGAAUUUGUUAAAUAUUCAAAGCGAUUUUCUAACACCUUAAAAGAAUAUUUCAAGGAAGGACAGGCUAAUGCAGUAUUUGUGAGUGCUCUAUACUUGAUUCACCAAACAAAUCAAAUUUUAUACACCGUUAAGAACAAGUCUGAAUAAGUCACAUGAAGUAUUAUCUAUAUCAUCUUGUUUUUUUAAUUGUUACUUUAGAAUCAUUUAUUAUAUUGUUAAUUGAAAAAUAAUGGAGCAGUAUAGAAAUACGCAUCAUUUUUAAUACAUUAUGUUAUGGUUAUUACUGUUUGUAUUACAAAUUUAAGUACAUUGAUUUUAAGCAAGUUAUUAUGUAAUUGAUUUUUAAUUAACUCGUGUAAUUUGUAGAACUAUUGGUAGUAGUAGUUUCACGGUAUGUUUGUUAACAUUGUAAUUAUUGUUAGAAGUCAAUUCUCCGUUUUAAAAGUUUUAAUAUAAUUUAUCUUACUUCAUACAUCCGAUCACGUUUAUUUCAGAAUAUUACCAUUUCAAUAUGAACGUAUUUGCUCUGUAGUUAAGGGUUUGGAGCGCCAAAAAUAUUGU